ACAAAAGUUUUUAUUCAUAAGCUUAGUAUUCAUGGAUUCUGCAAAAUAGAAGGGAAUUCUCCAAUACCUGCCUCCCCUGACAAACUUCAAGCACUACCAGCAGCAGAUUCUGUUUUUGACAAGGUACAACAGUCCCUUUGCAAAAGCACCAGGGUGUUAUCACUUUCCUACUACAACCCCUGUUUCAAGAGAGCUUAUCCCCACCUGCUCUGUAAGCAGAGUGCUGGUGUAAAGAACACAGCACCAGCUGCACUCUCACUGGACCCAAAUUUGAAGGAAGGCUGCCAAAGGAGAAGCCCAGACAUUCAGCCUGUGGUAGGAGCUGCUUCUGCAGAAGAGAAUGAUCCCUUCAUAGCACCUCCACAGAGGACACCUAAACAUCUGCACUCAGCACCUCCACAACUACCACACCAUAAAGCAUCCAUCCAGACUGGAAGCGCCUGUACCCCUGCACACACAAUUUCUCUGACACUUCCAGACCCUGCUGCAGCAGCAGGUAGGGGGAUGUCCAAGCCUCAGGCCCCAUCCCUAUUACCACAACACUGCAGCCACAGCCCUGCUGGUGUCCAGGCUGCAGCUUCUACUCCAUCUGAUACUUCACCGCAUCACACUCCUUUGACAUCAGGGCUGGCGCUUCCCACCUUUCCAUUCGGGCAUCCACAUUUAGCAGCUCUGCAGGCUCUCUUGGCUAGACUGCUUCCCUUCUGGGACCCAUGGUUUUCAACAUGCUGGCUGCAGCCUCUGCCGCUGCAGCGCCAAGGCCACCACACUGCCAAGCUCCAGCACACCCUCACUGCCCUAAUGCAUCUGCCAUCCAAACAAAUCUUUUCCAGUUGUCUUGUCCCAUCUUUACAAUCUCACAGUUACUGUCUCUACAUCCUGAGGCACUGCCUUCAGGGAGAUGAGCUGGUUUUUCCCAGUCCAGGGAAGUCAAAGUCUCCAGGCACUGGUGGUGUGCUCAGCAAGACCCAGAAAAAGGGCAGCACGUGGCUAAUCCAGUAGCUGUGCCAGUAGCAAAUGGUACAGAGCAGUGCUAUACUGAGCAGUCUGACCAUGGAAAGAUUUCUUAAAUUAGGUCCUAGGAUAAAAGAGCUGAGCAUGUGAUUCCACCUCCUAUUUUAAACAUCCAUAUGCCAGAUGAUAACUGCCUAUUAAAUUGCAACUGGGAAUCAGCACACAAAUGUACUUCAUCUCAUGCCUUGUCCCAGUUACUUUAAAAUAGGUAUUGCUGAGUCAGUUGCUUGGAUUACAGAAAUCAGAGAUCUUUAAUAGAAUUUGACAGCUUUUCAGGUUUGCACAAAGUUCUCUAGAAGCAUAUCAAAGUGGGAACACUAGUUUUAGUCAGGUUCACAGGCGGAAGCAAACUUCCUACAAAAAUGUACCUGGUGAAAUCGUUAACAUUACAGAGGUUAUCUUCCCUCCAAACAUCCCACAGCAAGGAUCCCUCCUUGCAGUGUUGUGCUUCCAGUGUUCCCCUUAAAGUCUACUUUCCUGCUAACACAGAUUCCCUUCCCCAAGAUGAAGGCCUUUAACCACUGGCCAUCAGUGCUUCUAUUCAGCAGCAGGGUUAUGAAACACCCCAGCUGGUGGAACUCACAGUUGG